AAGGAAGAACUAUCUAUGUCUUAUAAAAUGAAUUUAUUUUUUAUUUUUUAUUUUUUAUUUUUAUGAGGCAAUAAUUCAUUAGCAAAAGGUCGACAAGAAGUAUAAUCAACAUAUUAUAUGUGACGAUUCUAACGACUACAUGUUCUAGCCAUAACAAAGAAAAUACUACGUAAAUAAGAUGAGCGUGUAAGCUCACGUAUCAUGCCAAUGUGUGUCAUGCUCAAGCAUGUAAAUUAAAAAUCAAUUGUAACUGUACCUCCAAAUUGAUUUAAUGAAGAAUCAUAAACCAAUUUAUUCAAGCCAUCUAAUUAAAUCGAUUCAAGAACACCAAACCCCCAAAUCCAAAAAAAAAAAAAAAAAAAAAACCCAAAUCAAAAUAAAUUAAAAUAAAUAAAUAAAUACCCAAUUUUCUAAUUAGAUAGACUGGAUUUUCCCAAAUACUCUGCUUUCUGUUUACUUGGGCAAUUUUCUUGUACACCCUCUUACUUUUUCCGGUGCGAUUGCUAACGGAGAUUCAUCGUUGCUUACUUCGAUAGCCUGGAGAUUUGCGAUGGAAAUGGAUGAGAAGUUGCAUGGCUUUGUUGUUGGCUCUGUGCCCACAGUUAUAUACAUCCCUGAAUUUAUUAAUGAUUCUGAACAAACACAGCUUUUAAAUCAUAUCUAUCAAGCACCUAUUUCAAAGUGGAAAACACUUAAAAAUCGGAGGUUACAGAAUUGGGGGGGUGUAGUUCAUGAGAAGGGCCUUAUUAGUCAAGACUUGCCUCCUUGGCUGACCAAGAUAACACAAAGGAUACAUGAAGUGCUUGGAAUUUUCCCUGCUGCCCCUAAUCAUGUUCUCAUCAAUGAAUACCAGCCUGAUCAAGGCAUAAUGCCUCAUCAAGAUGGACCAGCUUACUUUCCAGCUGCAUCAAUCUUGUCUCUCGAGUCACCUGUGGUAAUGAAUUUCACUCCUCAUCUAAAAUUAUCUGAAUGCAGUGGUACAGCUGAAUCCGAAGCCAUUCCACAAAAUUCUGAACAAUCCACGGUACCAUUGAACAGCCACAGUAGCUUUUCUCUUUUGCUGAUGCCUCGAAGUCUAUUGAUAUUUAAGGACCUUGCAUACUCGGAUUACUUGCAUGGCAUUGAAGAUAAUGCGGUUCAACCUUUUGAUGGGGCUGUGAAUCUUACUGAAACUGUGAAGGAAUCUGGAUUUAAUGAUCUUUUGCCAAGCCUCACUUGCGCAGAGGAAACUAAUUCAGGAGAUGCCAAGACUUUAUGUCGAACAGCCAAACGGGUUUCAUUGACAUGCCGGUUGGUAUUGAAGGUUCGAAAAAAAUUUGAUCAGGAUUUAGGUGAAGGUUGCUAGUUAACAAAUACAGUUUAAAUUAAGUUAGGAGACUGAAAACUGACGAGGCUUUGAGCUACAACUAAUUGAGAAUAAUCAAACUCCAAAAAAUGUUUUUGGUGGGUUUUGAUCUAAUUUGGGGAUGAAUCCUUGAGUUGAUUGAUUUUGGAUUCUGUGGAAAAAUGAUCAUCUGAGGAAGAUAUACUUUGUGUUGCUGACAGUAUGUAUAUUAUCAUUUGUUGAUUAAA